GCCUCCGAGUGGAGGGCGCUGCGCCGCGCCGCGCUGCGCUGCCCGCCGUCCCUGUUGAAAGCUGAGAGGAAAGGGAACUGCUCGCGAAGGAACCAGCGGGAGCGGUGCCGCUCCAGACGUGGCAAACGGAGCUCUAAUUAGUGCGCAAGUCCCCAAAGAAAAGGCGUUUGGAAAGCAGUCUUUCUCUCCGAAGAGCUCCGGUCUGCUUGUAAUUAAGGCUGAAACACGGGGUUUUUUUUGUUGUUUUUUUUUUUUCUUUCUGAAAAUUACUACUGAAAAAGUCCCAGAUUCCACUUCUGAAUACGUUAUUUUAAUUAAAAGAGCUGCUGUGUGUGCAAAUGGACCUCUAUGUAAAGGGUAAAGCGCUGAGUUAACAGAAUUCUGCUUCUGAAAUGACAUGUGCUUGAGUGCCUUGGUCACAGUCUGCACAGCCAGGUGGGCGGCUGCCGUGAAGACGUGGACGUCCUCUGCGUUCUGUUCGGGGUUUUCUUUUGGCUUUGUUUUAGAGCAGCGUUAUCAGCUGCUACGGCUAUUGAAGCGGUGUUACUGACUGAAUGCUUUCUGCUUGCUGGAAUGUUUCUGUGCGGAUUGCUCUGUUGGUAGAUGCGGUAGAUGUUUUAUUUUCAUUUCUGCCCUGAAGGCAUUUAGUUAUUGCUCUGUCAGCUUGUUCCGUAGGUCCUAGCUGCCCACCACAUCUGCACACUAAACAUACCCUGCUGCCCCGUAGAUCCUUCUGUCAGAUUACGUGGCUGUAUGUUAAGAAUCCAAACCAAAGCAUGAUUGCAGGACCGGUCCUCUCGGCUACUUCAUUUUCAGCAUUAAGUGCUCUAAUGUGGUGGGUACGGGUAGUGCACUUCUGAACGAAGCCCUCAAAUCCAAAGAGAACUCCAACAUUUAGUUAUUAUUAAGAGAGAGAUGAAGAAGGAAGAAUUGUUCUCAUUACAUGUUUACACUGGCACAUCCUCUUGGUGUUGCAGUAUUUGACAGAAAAUGAUGACUACCAUCUGUUCCUCUCAUCAUCAUCUAAAGUUCCUUUUCUCUUUGAGAAUGAAGUCUUCAUAGGGAGAUUACAAGUUGUGGUCUCUUCCUGUUUCCAUAGUCACAAUUAUUUAAGAAAAAUACUUUUUUUUUUUUAAAUCUCUGAUACAUUUUCAUUCAUAUUGUCUUUCGUGCUACUCCUUUCUGCUUGCAGUCAUGAUCCUCAUUUAAUUUACAAUGUGCACCUCAUUUCACUGUCUUACAGAUUGCCAGAAACAUCUCCUGUCAGUCUUUUAUUUGUCAUUUCCGCCUCUAAACCUUCUUUUAACUGAAAGAUCAUCAUGUCCUUUGUUCUGAUGUACUUUGGAGUACAACAUUUCUAACUGUUGGCACUCUUUUUCCUCUGCUAGGCACCCCCGCGUGCAUGUCAGGUCUGCAUGUGUUAGUAAUUAAAGGUUUUAAUAACAGUUUCCUCACAGUGCUAAUACAAAAAGCUUGUAAAGCUGCUAGGUAAUGAAGAUCUCUCUGAUUUAAUGGAGGAAUCUUAAGAGAAUUACUGUGUAAAAUCCCACUGUAAGCAGCAGGACAUGUGCUGCGCCGUAGCAGCAGCUGUGCAGGAUGAAUCUGCAUCUGACCUGGAGGUCAGGCUGGGCAAAGCAUUGGCAAUAUCAUUGCAAGGGAGGGAGGCAGCUUUUAAAUAUUUAGCACUGCAGAAUUUGGUGAAGCUAAAAAUAGAGCCUGAACUUAGCUUAAGGUCUGAGGAACAAUUACCUCAAUCUCAUUUCCUUAUCUGUUUAUAUCAAACUCUCUUGGUUCGUGUGCACAUUUUUCCAUUCCCAUCUGUACAAUGCAGAUAUUGGCAUACAAAGAGGUGGUUAAGCUCACUGUCGCUAGAAGGCAAAACAGAACAAUGUGCUAUUCAUCAUUUCUUUUUUCACGUUAGAAAUUAAAUGUUGAAGUAAAGCUCAAGAUGUACUUGAGUGUCGAUUUCAAUUGAACGGUGUUAUUUAACUGCUGGACAGUGGCUAUGAACAGCCUGAAAAACUUUUUACUGGCAUGAUAUCCUCCACUUCUUUAGCUUGAUUUGAGAGAUGCCUAUCUGGGAGACCCAGCUUCCAGCUGUGUUCACCCCUGAGCUGCCUGCCAGGCUGCUGUCACUUCUUUGCAUGUGUGCAAAUUAUAUUUUUCUUGUUUGCUUAUCUUGUUGGAAUUUGCUAGAUAGGAUAAAUUGCACAGAAUCUUUGUGUUUGCCAACCUUAACGCUGUAGCUGUCAAAUACUAUUAUGGAAGUUUAAAACAGUUCUUUUGGCCUUCAUUUUUCUAACAGAACCAUGCUGAUUUAAGAAUACUUUAGCAGCCUUCAGACACAGAGAAACAGAUCUUUCCCCCAAAUCAUGCCCACCAUUUGGUUACAGCAACACGCAGCACAGACAGCCUGGGGCAGAUUCUGCCACUGUGUGUUUAUGCAACCCGUAGUCGUUGUUUUAUUUGGGGUUUUUGACUCUUUGGAGGAAAUGGGGUUAUUCAAACAUUAUAGAAGCAAAAUAAGAAAACUGAGAUAAACAAGACGUGUUUUAAAGUAUCGCAUAGGAAUACGUUGGGUAUGGAUUUGAAAGAGCAAGUAAUGUUGCUUCAAUAUGUGUUCUUGUAAAGUGAGCUCCUUCCUCUUAAAAUACUGCAUACUAAAUUAUUAAAUUAUGAGAUAAGCUUUGACCAAGCGGUGGUUGUAUAAAUACACCUUCUCUGGGUGAGGCAAAUUGGCUAACAGUGAACUUAGUCCCAUAAUACUUUUACUUUAUGCUUAUCUAGGCUCGAGUCUCCCCACCUAUCAGAUUUCAGUGCAGUGCUGAAAAGUUCAUGCUGCUUGGCUAUCAUAGGAUGGCAGAAUAGGUGGGAAUGUGUUAUAAAGGUACUUAAAUGCUCUUCCAGAAUGAGGUGCAGCAAACUAACUCGCAAGCAAAAGCUCUGAGUGGUGCAUUCAGAACCUUAAACCAGCCUUCUGUUGAUGGUUGCUGCUGUCCAAAGGGCAAAGCAGGUAGGUAGCUGCUAGGGAGCCGUGCCUCACUGCCACAGAUGCUGGGUGUUCCUCUGCACAGCCCUCAGUGGUGCUGGAGGCAUAUCCCCAGCCCUGUCGUCACCUGCAGUCCCAUUCCUGUCCUUCCCCCCAAGGGGACAGCAGGGCUCCCAUUCUUGGGGAGGUGACCUCCUUCCUUGUUUGUAGGCCUCUCCUUAGGUCUUAGGCUCCUGCUGGCCUGCAUAACUCCUAGCAGCGAACAAUCUAGAAAAAGACUGGAACGGGAUUGUAUCACCUCUUCCUGUUGUUUUGGAGGUAUCAUUGUAUGCCACCUCCCUGUGGCAAUAAAAAUGUAAAUGUUAAAUUUCUUAUCAAGACAAACCAGAAACUCUCCUGGAUGUGUAUUUCCUGUCUUUGAUUUGCUUUCCUGCGUGGGAUGCUUUAUUUCACCCGCUGCUUACCGCUCCUCUUUUCCUACAAUGUUAAUGGAUCGUUUUGUGCUCACUCGGGAGAUGUUAUCAGUUGUAUGCAAAGCAGUUCCUGCAUUGCUUGGCUAUUUUGAAGUUUGUCAUCAUGCUCCAUAAACUACAUAAGUAGAAAGCUUUUCUUAUACAAAUGCCCUCAUUUUUCUACUUGCUUCUGGUGUUAUGAAAUGCCAAAAUGGGGUGCCCAAAUAUGGUAGGACCACAGGCUGAAGGUGAAACACAUAGAUUGUGCCAUGGCUUUGUCCCUUUUAGGCUGUCAGUGUGAAGAGACUCUGUUACAGGUGCUGUGAGUUCAUGAAGUCCUUCAGUGGUUCUUCUUUCCACAUCUGCUGGUAAAAGUCACCUGUAAUUGCUGCUCUCCGGGCAAAUCGGUCUGUAAACAGAGAUGCUGUGGCAGAGGGGAACAUGUUCAGUAAAACCUAAUGGGGGGUUAUGUAACGGUACAAAAAUAAACUGAAACAUCAUCUCUAAAUGGAGCCAUUAUUUCUCCUGCGGAGUAAUUAUUAAUCAAUAAAUCCUAUAUCCGUCAGUGUCGUAGUGUGCUAAGUGCUCUGAGCCACCUCACAAUUUGCUAGUAAACCAACCUUGGAGCAAAAAUGUUAUUAACACUAAUCACAGUAACCUCUGGUGUGUGUCUGAAAGCAGUAUGGUCUCUUAGAUCUCUUGCUUCACCCAUGCCCUUGCUGCUUUCUACUGAUACGGCUUAAUAGCACCAUUCAGAGGUGUAAGUACUGCACAUUAUUCAAGCUAUGGUAGCCGAGGAGCGCAGUGUUUGAGUGCAAGAUAUUUCCCUUUAUAGGUGGUGUUUGCAUAGCUUUGCUAGCAAACCUUUGUAGUCUAGACAUGGCAGGAGUGGUGUCAUGAUAUGGGGGAAACUGCUGUUCUCUGUGAAUACGUAGCAGGAGAAAUCCUAUCUACUAAAUGCCGUGGUAGUUAUUAUUUCUGUGUAAAGUGCUUUGAAGUUUCUAAAAGCCCCUCGAGUUCUGUUCUGCAGUAAAAUGUAAUUGUGCUCUUUAAUUCUGGGAUAAUCUGUGAUUCAAGUAUAGUGGAAUCACUUAGAGACUUGCCUUGUACGUGGCAGAGGAAAAGCAGCACUUUCUCAAAUUACAGAUAGUACGGAAGGAUCCAUGAAGCAAAUAGAAAGAUCAAAUUCUUCCAGUGCCAAUCAUUCUCAUUUCUCUGGCUACUGAGGAUUUGGGAAUAUUAGGUCACUUCCAAGGCUGUAGCAGUUGUAUGUGUAAGUGAUACAUUUCUGUAACUUGCUGUCCUAUCUGCAUAGUGCCUGACUUCUCUACGAACAUUUUAUUGGGUGCUUAUUUCAAUGCUUUUAUCCAUCUAAUUGCCUUACUUAUUAUAUGUCAACCUUUAGAAAGUUCAACUUAAGUGAACGUAUCAUGUCAUAUAAAAGCGCUUACAAGAUAAAGUCACCCUUACCCCUGUUACAUGUGAACUUGAGUAACUUUUGCUACAGUUCUUAUUUUGAGCCAGGAAUACGAUUGGUCUGUUCUGUUUACUAUUUGAGCAAUUCCAGAGCAUCAAAUUAUUUCACAGCAGCAGUAAAACCAACAAAACCUCCCAGGUUUGGAGAUAAUGUGUGCUGCUCAGUGCCCCCCAUAAACAAUGCCUGCUCUAUGGAAGUUUUGAAGUACUUAAUGUUUUAUCAGUUCCUCAGCGUAUGAGUGUUUGAAUCGUGACAUCCUUUAAAAUUAUACACUAAGAAGAUGACAGCAGUGUUCCCCAGCAAACAUUUCUUGUACUUAAAGGGAUGCUUGAAAAUAUUAAUUGUUGAGGAGAAUGAGUAACCUUUUUUUUUUUUCUACUUGCAGCAUGAAGCAGUUCAAAUAUAUUCAAAAUGAUUUUUUUUCUUAACGAUAUUCUGUUUGACUAAGACACAGCAGUUCUGCAGGCAGGUAAUGCAUAUGUUGCCAUGAGAUCAGGUUGUUUUUCACCUCGAGAGAUCUUUAGUGACUGUGGAGAGGUGUUCUAGAGCUGGAGUGCAUGUCUGUGAUCUUUUGUUUUCUUUUCAAAAACAUUCUGAGGAAGAAAGAAAGGGAAGGCCCUUCCACUCUUAUGCAAAUACUUCCCCUCCUCCAGAGUGAUGGGGAGAUACAAGGUGGCUGCCCUCAUGUUCUUGUUUCUCAUUCUGCAUACACCUUUUCUUUUUCUUUUUUUUUUUUUUUAAUAUGAGCUUUACUGAAGAGAUGUUCUACUUGGGAUGCUCUGAACUUGAGUUACAGCCUUUGCUAUUGAAGAAGUCCAGCAGCAAUCAAUAGCCAAUGAGGAAGUGUGUUUAAUCAGAGGACUGCUUAAUUAUCAAGCCAUAUAUUCUCUUGACCUGCUUUAACUCCUAUUUUUACUAAGUUUCAUUUAUGUAAAAUGCUUAAUUCUUUUCCAGUUGAGAUGUGUAGGUUAAAACAUCUUAUUUUUGUAUAUAUAUAUAAGAUCUAUAAUCUUACAGCCGUGUUGAUAUCCUGAGGCUAACAGAACAUCUUGUAAACAUGUAGACCAAAUCCUAUCUUAGAAAGCAAGUAAACCUUUACAGCCUUAACCAAGUAUAUCACAUGUCCCUGAGCUAUCUGUUGGGGCUCAUCAGUUCUGUUCUUCUCUUGCAGGCAUUAUGCUGCUGGAGAUAUUCCUGAUUCUGGGGGGAAUCAUCAUCUAUUUCCUAGUUUCCAAAAAGAAAGAAGAGACGCUCCCAUUCAAAGAGGGAUGGUGGGGAAAGGGACAGAAGCCUGACACUGAAGAAGAUGCAACAAUUAGGCCAUUCAAGGUGGAAACUACAGAAGAAGAGCUGAGCGACUUAUUUAGAAGACUUGACCAGGCUAGAUUCACUGAGCCACUGGAGGACAGUUGCUUCCAUUAUGGGAUUAACUUGGCAUAUCUCAGGAAGGUUGUCUCCUACUGGAAAAACCAGUUCAACUGGAAGAAACAAGUUGAAGUUCUCAACAAGUAUCCACACUUCAAAACCAAGAUUCAAGGCAUUGAUAUCCAUUUUGUUCAUGUAAAGCCUCCUCAUUUGCCUGAGGGCCAGUCUGCAAAGCCAUUGUUAAUGGUUCAUGGUUGGCCUGGCUCAUUUUAUGAAUUUUACAAAAUUAUCCCUCUACUGACGGAUCCUGCCAGCCAUGGCCUCAACAGUGAACAUGUAUUUGAAGUCAUUUGCCCUUCUAUCCCUGGAUAUGGCUUCUCAGAAGCACCUCACAAAAAAGGCUUUAAUUCUGUAAGCGCUGCUUCUGUAUUGUAUGAACUGAUGCUCAGACUGGGAUUCCACGAGUUCUACGCACAAGGGGGUGAUUGGGGCUGGCUCAUCUGCACCAAUCUGGCCCAGAUAGCUCCUAACCAUCUGAAAGGUCUUCAUUUAAACCUAGCCUCAGUUACAAACAUGGGGUUCACCCACCUGCUCUCCAUUCUGCUGGGCCGCUACCUUCCAAGGCUCUUUGGUUUCCACGAGGAAGACGUCAGGCGGAUGUUUCCCUUCUUGAAAAAAGGGCUCUACAGGAUCUUGGCGGAGUCUGGCUAUGCUCACAUACAGGCUACAACACCUGAUACUGUUGGUUGUGGUUUGAAUGACUCUCCUGUAGGACUGGCUGCAUACAUCUUGGAGAAAUUUUCUGUGUGGACCGAUCCAGAAUUCCGUAACUUAGAAGAUGGAGGACUUGAGAGGCUCACAGUACAAGUACCUACUGGCAUUGCCUCCUUUCCUAAUGAAGUCAUGCACACACCCCAGGCUUGGGCCCAGAAGAAAUACACCAACAUAGUUUCCUUCCAUUUCAUGCCUCGAGGUGGCCACUUUGCAGCAUUGGAGGAACCUGAACUUCUUGCUGAAGAUAUUCUGCAGUUUGUUGGGAAAGUAGAGAAAGAGCAACUCUGGACAAAGAAAAGAAAGUAACUCCCCUUAGGAAAAGGAGGAUAAUUGCUUAUAGUUUAGCACAUGUACAAGCCUUAGUAAGUCUACUGUAAUCAGCGUAAUUAGAUCUCACUCUCGAGCAGAUGUGAGAGGACAAGAAGAAAAAUGCAGGAUAGCUAGAUAAAAUACAACUUUGGAAACUUAAAUCUGCUUAUUUUAAAAUGUUUUAAAUUUUCUUAGCAGCUAGGCUAAGAACAUAGCAUGAAGGUUGUUUGGUUAUUUUCUCCCUCUCAGCAGAGACUUCUAAAAUCUGUUCUGUAACACUACUGCCUCAUACAUAGAAAUUGAAAAAUAGACCUUCCCACUAAUUAUGCUCAGUUUAAUUGUUACUAACAGCUCUUCUCCAUGACAGCAGUAAAAAUUGAGUUGGUGUAUGUGAGAGAUUCCUCACAUAAACAAUGGGGAACAGCCUAACAAGACCUAACUGCAUCCAUUAAUCAGCAUUGAUCUACAGUGCCCAGUAAGCCAGCCAGCUGGCUGCCUUUUUCUUACAGCCUGUGCUGUUAAGCAGCUUUCUGGCUGCAAGAAAGCUCCACUCCCCUGCACCAGGCUCUCCCAGGAAAACAAUGUGUGAGGAGCAGCUGAAGCAUCAGCUGAGUCCAUGAGCCACAUCGGCUCCCAUAGCUUGAACCAGGAGGAGGAACAGGGAUAGGAGUAAUUAUACACCAAGCUAUCUCUGCACUGAAUUUCUGCUCUGAACUAAAACGUAAAUGUAAAAGCCCUGGACAGGUUCAAGACGCAGUAGCUUUGCACUGCUUCUGCAGGGUAUUGUAAACACCUCAUAUUAAAGAAUAAAAUAUUGAUUAAUUUGAAAUUAAAAGGAACUCGCUUUAAAUUUUGAGUAAUACAUACAAACAUUUGUUUUGUGUCUUUGAACAGGUGAGAUUUUGCUUUGUGACAGCAACAGUAAAAGUCAAAUUAGAAACUAUUGAUUCUGUAUUGUAUCUGUUACAGAAAUCAGGCUGAAGGCAAACAGCUACAAGAAAAUUGAAUUUGAAGGGCUGAGUACCUUUACUUAAAACAAUCCCCCAGUGAGUGCAGCUGAGCUUCAGGCACUUUUAAGCAGAUGAGUGAUUUCAGAAUGGUUUUGUUCUCCCAUUAUUUCUGAUAUACUUCCUUCCUUAUGCUUGCAGGAUAAAUAUAAUCCAUUAAUAAAACUUGUGUAGAUUAAUUUUAUUUUACAAUAUUAAUUGAAAUGAAAACUGUUAAAUAAUAGUUACUGCUCCUUUCCACAGUUUGAUUUGGGGAAGGCAACACUGAUGCUGGGCACAUUUGAAUCUGAGGGCUCAAAGCCAGCUAUUUGGCUUGACAGACCGCUUGUGGACCAACUUUGGCCAUUUUUCCAAGCAAGGACAAGAACUCUCACUACCUGUACUCCAGCCUUCUGUGUUUUUGCAGAGAAAAACACAGGAGCUGUCAAGUGUCCCUGCAAGACUUUACUGCAGUGAUACUUUAGACCUUCAGGCUGU